UAUGUGUGUGUGAUAGCUCUGGAGAGCCGCAGCCAAGCUGGGGAAAUUAUCCAAGUUCAAGGUAGAGAAGCAGACGCAAAAGGACAAACAAAUGGCAAAAGCAAAUUGCCAAUCAAGCAUCAAACUGUUUAUCUUGAAUUAUUUAAAAUUAUGGAGCCCAUGACACUUGGUAGUCCCGUCAGCAGUCCUGGCAGCAAUCAAAGCCAAUAUUUGCCGCCUUUUCUCAUGGGCGACUCUCAGGCCAUGACGCCCCAUAACAACACGCUGUCACCCAAGCUGGGACGCUAUAAUGUGAGCUUCGCUUCGUCUCCAAGCAGCAACACGCCACAGGAAACGGCGUACAACAACAAUCAACAACAACUAAAUCGCUCAGCUAUGGGCACACGCACGCUAUUUGCCGGCGGCAGCGGUAGCGCCAGUGGUGGUACAGCGAACACCAGUCAUCAGGCUGGUCCUCCCACUCAGGGACUGUUUGAUUCACUGCGCGGCGAACAGGUGUGCGGCACGCCGCAGCGCACACAUUUGGCCAUGUUGCAGACGUCGCAUCUGAACAGCUCGAACUAUAGCCUGAAUCAGAGCUGUCAUCCGCCAACGACACAGCUGAAUGAUUCGUAUGUACCCAAUGCGCCCAAUGCCGUUAACGCCUCCAUGCGUGCGCUCUGUUCUCCACUCGGGGCCAACAUGUCACCUAUGACAUUGCCACACACACCGCAAGCACGCGGCGGUGAUUUUUGGGUAACUAUCUUUGGCUUCUCACCGGGUGCUAGCUCCAUGAUACUCCAGCACUUUACCAUGUGCGGCACAAUAGUGGAUGUGGUGCAUGCGCCGCAGAACGGCAACUGGAUGCACGUGCGGUUCGCUUCGCGCAUUGAGAGCGACAAGGCAUUGAACUACAACCUGAAAGUCAUUGCCAGCAAUGUUAUGGUGGGCGUCACUCGCUGCACCGACGAGAGCAUUAUAGACAAGGAGAACUCCAAGUUGGCCGGACCAGAUGCUGCUGUGCCUUUUCGACCAAAGGUACGACCGCUGACACAGCAAUCCUACAAUAAUGCCCAGCAUGAGACGCAUGUCUCACCCAAUCGCAAUGUGCCACAGAAGAGCACCGGACUGAUGAACAAGGCAAUGGAUCUCAUCUUUGGCUGGUGAUCGUUGAAUAGAUUAAUCAAUAAUAAAAAUAAAAACCGAUCCAUUCGUUUGUCUAAUUGUUCUUCGAAACCAGAUUCAGCUUCAGACAUUUUUAAUCUUUGCAACAUAAAAUCCUAAUGCAUACAUUUAUAAAAUAUAUAUAUAUAUAGAAAUAGA